UCUAAUUCAACGUUGGGAGUACGUUGGAGUUUUUAAUCGAACACUCCACUACAAUAUUAUGCUUAUUAAGGAAUUCUUAGCUAUAUUUAUUAUAGUUGUAUUUCACGUGACGGUUGGCACACAGCUUGGUAAACAGAUAACUACAGAAAAUCGAGUAGUCAAUUGUACUAAUCUUGGAAUAAGGAAUGUAACCGCACAUAUAGGAUGGCCGUUUUAUUUCUCUUGCAAAAACCAUGCAGAAUUUUACUUAAGUAAUAUUACUAGCAAGUAUUAUGAAAGACCUCCAUCCGAAAAUGUUACGUGCAUCGUUUACGACAAGGAAAAUAUAUUGUGGAACACAACUGUGGCUGUGAACAAAAUGAAACGGCCUAAUAGUGGUAUUUACAACAGCUUUGAUGUCACAGAGGGUCCAACAUCAAUGUAUCGAAUACAAUUUUCGGCAUCGCCGGCAAACUAUUGCUCCUUUCAAGACAUUUGGCUUCAUCGUGAAAAAUUCACCGAGAACCAUAAUUGUCGUAAUAUGAGUCAAGCUAUCGGAACAAUUAAGAGAAGACUUAGAGUAGGACAAGUAUACAGAAUGUCUUGUCAGUUGGACUACGAAGCAAGACCUGCUUUAUAUAUUCAAAAUAUUUCCGAAGCGGAAUAUAUAUGGAUGCGCAAUUGCAGCGAGAAAUUACCACAAAACGCAAGAAUAGCAGGCAAUACUCUUAUAUUGACUCAAGUAGAUUUUUCAACUGGUGGAAUUUAUUCAUGUAAAGUCAAAUACAAGGGAAAUGAGAGAUAUGUAACAAGACACCAAGUGUGCAUCCAACAUGGUAAUACGGGUAAAUAUGCAAUGAAAUGUCCUGAGAAAAAGAAGGUAAAACUCGGAGAUGAUGUGAAUAUUACAUGCAGUGUCAACUUCGGACCAGGAGAACAUUUUUCGUUGUCACCAACUGCUAUAUGGAGCAAAACACUGAAGAAUGGUACUGAAGGAGACUUCUGCACAAAAUUUACUUUGAAUGAUGGGCCGCAAAAUUCAAGCUUAAGUGAAAGGGCUGAUUGUGACAAUGUUCAAAUAUCUAACUUACAUCAUCGAUGUUUCAUGUACGAACCACCACCAGUCAUUCAAGAAGCACUCAAGCAUCUCGUAAGACUGACUCUGAUUAUAAAAGAAAUGAAGGCUUCCGAUGCAGGAUUUUACGGCUUGAUAUUCACUGUUGGUAAUAAGAAAUCUACCGACCGUACAAUCGAACUUGUGAUAGACCAAGAAGAGACGCUCCAAAUUUAUGCCUAUAAGAUUAGUUUGGGAAUCUUGAGUCUAGUUCUACUACUUUUAUUGACUGGAAUAUGCGUCUGGAGAAAAAUUGACAUUUUGUGGUUCGGAAAGAAAUAUUUUGGUCCUUACGAAAAAGACGUGAAGAACUACACCGCGUAUCUAGUAUAUCAUUAUAGCACAGAAAACAUGACUGAAAAAUCCCAAAAAAUGACCAAGAAGUUAGUUGAAUCAUUGUAUAAAGUGUUCCAUCAACUUAAUGCAACAGUGUACGAAGACCACAGAGACGAGAAUCAAGUUUCGAUGCAAAUCGAAAAUAUCGCCAGAGUACAGAAUGAAUGUCACCGAGUUAUAAUUAUUCUUAACCAGGAAUACGUUACCGAUCAUUUGAGUAUUCACAAAGCCUAUGUGGCACUCCGCAAUAUGGUUGAAGGAAGGAUUAAACUGAUCUUUAUCGUGUUACCGGGUGUUAAGAAAUAUUUUAAAAAUAUUCCAAAAGAACCCAGGACAGCCCUAAAGCAAGCCAUGAAGAUGAGCACAACCAUCAGUUGGUGUGGAAGCACCCCAUUGAAAGGAACAACUCGACGCCAUCUUGAAUAUGCUCUGCCCAAAUGCAAGAAGCAAAAUAAAAAAGGCGAGAGCCAGGACAUGCGUGUAAUAGAGGAAAAGUCUAUUUAAAUGAAGGAAUAAUGGACAUAACGAACAUUUUCUUGGAUUCAGUAAACGUACCAAACAGAAGUUGUGAAAAUAACAAUGAGAUAUUUUCAUGUACGACAAGAUCCGUUUUGCUAGAGUAUGAGCGACAUUAACGGAUUUGAAAACUUUUUAUAUUGG